CCUGAAAUGCUGUCUCAAAUUUCGUGGAUGACAUUCAAAUCCUCUCAAAAUUACCAUCUUUUUCUUCUUCUGAAAAACCCUUUGAGAAAAAAAAAAGGAUCUUUUUUCGCUGUCAACCCCCAAAACCACACCACCAAUGCUUCGCACAGUUUUUUUCCGUUGCCAUUUCAGUAAUUGGGAUCACUACACCCCAACUUCAUGCCCACUUGCCAAAUACUCUGCAACCAUCUGAUAAACUUUCCUUGCAUCAUGGAUCAUAGAGUUCAUCUUUUUUCUGGUGCAUAACUAUCUCUUCUCAGUUUCUAUAUUCUAAUUUUGAGUUAAUUCUUACUUACAUGGAGAGUUUCAUCAAUAUUAUCUCCUGGACUUGAUAAUGGGGGGUAUGCUAUUUUUAUGUUUAGCUUAGCUUAGCUUGUUGGUUUAACAUGGUGUGGAUGGAAGUAUGAGUGGGACAUCUGUCCUUUGCCAAUCCCAUCUUUUGUCACUGCCAAAUAGUCCACCCCAAAGCUCUGAAUUGAAUGCAAAGUUCAAUGAGCAGGGAUGGUUGUCUUUGCUCAAGAGAUGCAAGAGCAUGGAAGAAUUCAAGCAAGUACAUGCCCAUAUUCUAAAAUUGGGUCUCUUCUAUGAUUCUUUCUGUGGCAGCAAUCUUGUUGCCUCUUGUGCUCUAUCUAGAUGGGGCAGCAUGGAGUAUGCUUGCUCAAUCUUCAGGCAGAUUGAGGAACCUGGUAGCUUUGAGUACAAUACCAUGAUUAGAGGAAAUGUCAAUAGCAUGGAUCUAGAAGAAGCUUUGUUGCUUUAUGUUGAGAUGCUUGAAAGAGGAAUUGAACCUGACAACUUCACCUACCCGUUUGUGCUCAAGGCAUGCUCUCUAUUAGUUGCUCUCAAGGAAGGAGUGCAAAUUCAUGCUCAUGUUUUUAAGGCUGGUCUUGAGGUUGAUGUCUUUGUGCAAAAUGGCUUGAUUAGCAUGUAUGGCAAGUGUGGGGCAAUAGAGCAUGCUGGUGUUGUGUUUGAGCAAAUGGAUGAAAAGAGUGUGGCUUCGUGGAGUUCCAUCAUUGGUGCUCAUGCUAGUGUGGAGAUGUGGCAUGAGUGCUUGAUGCUUCUUGGGGACAUGAGCGGCGAGGGACGCCAUAGGGCUGAAGAGAGCAUUCUGGUUAGUGCACUUUCUGCUUGCACUCAUUUGGGGUCUCCUAAUCUUGGAAGGUGCAUACAUGGGAUCUUGUUGAGGAACAUCAGUGAACUCAAUGUUGUUGUGAAGACUUCAUUAAUUGAUAUGUAUGUCAAGUGUGGGAGCCUUGAGAAAGGGCUUUGUGUGUUCCAAAAUAUGGCUCAUAAGAAUAGAUACUCUUACACUGUAAUGAUCGCGGGGCUUGCCAUUCAUGGGCGCGGUAGGGAAGCUGUAAGAGUUUUCUCUGACAUGCUGGAGGAAGGUUUGACACCAGAUGAUGUUGUCUAUGUGGGUGUGUUAAGUGCUUGCAGUCAUGCUGGUCUUGUCAAUGAGGGUCUUCAAUGUUUCAACCGCAUGCAAUUUGAGCAUAUGAUUAAACCAACAAUUCAGCACUAUGGUUGUAUGGUGGAUCUUAUGGGGAGAGCUGGGAUGCUAAAGGAAGCCUAUGACCUCAUAAAAAGCAUGCCAAUUAAGCCUAAUGAUGUGGUUUGGAGGAGCCUUCUUAGUGCUUGUAAGGUUCACCAUAACUUGGAAAUAGGGGAGAUUGCAGCUGAGAAUAUUUUCAGGUUGAAUAAACACAAUCCCGGGGACUAUUUGGUGCUAGCAAAUAUGUAUGCAAGGGCUAAAAAAUGGGCUAAUGUAGCCAGGAUCAGAACAGAAAUGGCUGAAAAACACUUGGUGCAAACACCUGGGUUCAGUUUGGUUGAAGCAAAUAGGAAUGUAUACAAGUUUGUUUCGCAGGACAAGUCUCAACCAAUAUGUGAAACCAUCUAUGAUAUGAUUCAACAAAUGGAAUGGCAGUUGAAAUUUGAAGGCUAUACACCAGACAUGUCACAGGUGUUGCUUGAUGUGGAUGAAGAUGAAAAGAGGCAGAGACUGAAACAUCAUAGUCAGAAGUUGGCAAUUGCUUUUGCACUAAUACAGACAUCGGAGGGAUCUCCCAUAAGAAUAUCAAGAAAUCUUAGGAUGUGUAAUGACUGUCAUACUUACACUAAGUUCAUUUCCGUGAUCUAUGAACGGGAAAUUACUGUGAGAGACCGUAAUCGCUUCCACCAUUUCAAAGAUGGAACUUGCUCAUGUAAAGAUUAUUGGUGAAUUUCAUUACAUUUAUGCAUAAAGGGUUCUUUGUAGGGGUAGUAUUUUUUUUCCUGUCUUGACAUUUCCCACACAUAUUUGUUAGUUAUAUAUAUUGCAGUAAAUAGACAACUACUAGAAAUAAGAUUGGACAUUGUGGUAUGUUGAGCAUCUUUUUCUACCAAUGAUAUUGCUAUCCAUAGCACACAAGCAAGACAAGAAAAUAGGUUUUGGUUAUGGUAUUGUUUAACA